AAAUACCUUAAAGCACAUCGACGCCGGCGUUUGACCGUUAAACCUAUCAAAAAAAAAAAAGAAGAAGAAACAACAACUCUCCCAAACCCGAAGAAGGAGAAGAAGAAAACGGGAGAGGGUUCACAAUUUUCGCGUGCUGCCUCGGGUGACGAUAGUUUCCUCUCUCCGUGCUCCGUUUCCGACCUGAGAAGGCGUAAAAGGAGACGGUGACGGCGUGCCGGCGAAGGCCAGGACGACGUCGUUCGCCGGGAGAGAAAAACGAAGAGGCGCAGUAAUAAUUAUCCAAGGAUUUUCAGUUUUUGACUGGAUCUGCUGAAUUAAGAAUUUUCGUUUCGGAGAUAAAGAAGAGAUGAUGGUAUCGAGAGGGUUGUUCGGGUGGUCCCCGCCGCACGUGCAACCGCUCACGCCGGUAUCGGAGGUUUCGGAGCCACCGGAGUCACCGUCGCCAUACCUGGACCCCGGCGCAGAGACCUCCGCGUCGCAGCAGGUGGAGGCGGAGGAGGAGAUGGAGGAGCCGGAGGAGAUCGAGCCGCCGCCCGCCGCGGUUCCGUUUUCGCAGCUCUUCGCAUGCGCCGACCGCUUCGAUUGGUUCCUCAUGGCCAUUGGUUCCGUCGCCGCCGCGGCGCACGGCACCGCGCUCGUCGUUUACUUGCACUACUUCGCGAAGAUCAUCCACGUGCUGCGGUUGGAUCCUCCUAACGGCACGUCGCAGGAGCAGUUUGACAGGUUCACCGAGCUUGCUUUAACCAUUGUUUAUAUUGCUGCGGGAGUUUUUGUUGCUGGUUGGAUUGAGGUUUCAUGUUGGAUUUUGACGGGAGAACGGCAGACUGCUGUCAUCAGGUCAAAUUAUGUUCAAGUACUACUUAAUCAAGACAUGAGUUUUUUUGAUACUUAUGGGAAUAAUGGAGACAUUGUGAGUCAAGUAUUAAGUGAUGUGCUGCUUAUCCAGUCCGCCCUUAGUGAAAAAGUUGGGAAUUAUAUUCAUAAUAUGGCUACAUUCUUCAGUGGUCUUGUCAUUGGCCUUGUCAAUUGUUGGCAGAUUGCUUUGAUAACGUUAGCCACGGGUCCGUUUAUUGUUGCUGCUGGAGGAAUAUCAAACAUAUUCCUCCAUAGGCUUGCAGAGAAUAUCCAAGAUGCAUAUGCUGAAGCAGCUAGCAUUGCUGAACAGGCAGUUUCCUAUAUAAGGACAUUGUAUGCAUUUUCAAAUGAAACUUUGGCUAAGUAUUCAUAUGCAACAUCACUGCAAGCUACUCUUAGAUAUGGUAUAUUAAUAAGUCUUGUUCAAGGGCUUGGUCUUGGAUUUACUUAUGGACUAGCAAUAUGUUCUUGUGCAUUACAACUCUGGGUUGGAAGAUUCUUGGUUAUUCACGGAAAAGCACAUGGUGGUGAAAUUAUAACAGCUCUUUUUGCUGUAAUUCUAAGUGGCCUGGGAUUAAAUCAAGCAGCGACAAAUUUCUACUCAUUUGAUCAGGGACGAAUAGCUGCUUAUAGACUAUUUGAGAUGAUAAGUCGGUCAUCCUCAUCUGUUAAUCAUGAUGGCACUUCCCCUGAUUCUGUGCUAGGAAAUAUAGAGUUCCGGAAUGUUUAUUUCAGCUAUCUUUCUCGUCCUGAAAUCCCUAUCUUGAGUGGAUUUUAUCUCACUGUACCUGCUAAGAAAGCUGUAGCACUUGUUGGCAGAAAUGGCUCUGGAAAAAGUAGUAUUAUUCCACUCAUGGAGCGUUUUUAUGAUCCUACAUUAGGAGAAGUUCUUUUAGAUGGUGAAAAUAUCAAGAAUUUGAAACUGGAAUGGCUGAGGAGCCAAAUAGGACUAGUCACCCAGGAGCCUGCUUUGCUCAGUUUGAGUAUAACAGACAACAUUGCUUAUGGGAGGGAUGCUACCAUGGAUCAAAUUGAAGAGGCUGCUAAAAUAGCUCAUGCACAUACAUUUAUCAGCUCAUUAGAGAAAGGUUAUGACACACAGGUUGGCAGGGCUUGUCUAGCUUUGACCGAAGAGCAGAAAAUAAAACUUUCUAUUGCUAGAGCUGUGCUUCUAAAUCCAUCAAUUCUUCUUCUUGAUGAGGUUACUGGUGGACUUGAUUUUGAGGCUGAGAGGGCUGUUCAGGGGGCUCUGGAUUUGCUUAUGUUGGGACGCUCAACAAUAAUAAUUGCUCGAAGGCUUAGUCUCAUAAAGAAUGCUGACUAUAUAGCCGUUAUGGAGGAAGGUCAGCUUGUUGAAAUGGGUACUCAUGAUGAAUUAUUAACACUGGAUGGCUUAUAUGCAGAGCUUCAUCGAUGUGAAGAGGCCGCAAAACUUCCCAAGAGGAUGCCUGUUCGAAACUACAAGGAAACUUCAGCCUUCCAAAUUGAGAAGGAUUCUUCAAGUCAUAGCUUCAAAGAACCAUCAUCCCCUAAAAUGAUGAAGUCACCCUCUCUUCAAAGAGUUUCUAAUGUAUCCCGACCUCCAGAUGGCGUCUUUAACUUGCUAGAAUCACCUCAAGUCCGGAGUCCACCGCCUGAGAAAAUGCUUGAAAAUGGUCUGGCGUUGGAUGUAGCAGAUAAGGAGCCAUCAAUAAGAAGGCAGGAUAGUUUUGAAAUGAGACUGCCGGAGUUACCCAAGAUUGAUGUUCAUUCUGUGCAACGACAUAUGUCAAAUGAUUCUGAUCCAGAAUCUCCCAUUUCACCUCUUUUAACAUCUGAUCCUAAAAGUGAACGCUCCCAUUCACAGACUUUUAGUAGACCACAUAGUCAUUCUGAUGAUGUUUCAGUUAUAAUGAGAGAAACAAAGGGUGCACGGCAUCGAAAACCACCAUCACUGCAGAAGCUGGCUGAGCUUAGUUUUGCUGAGUGGCUUUAUGCUGUGUUAGGAAGCAUAGGUGCUGCUAUCUUUGGGUCUUUCAAUCCCCUUCUUGCUUAUGUUAUUGGUCUUGUGGUGACAGCUUACUAUAGAAUUGAUGACACUCAUCACCUUGAACGGGAGGUAGACAGGUGGUGCUUGAUCAUUGGCUGCAUGGGUAUUGUAACUUUAGUUGCCAACUUUUUACAGCAUUUCUACUUUGGUAUUAUGGGAGAGAAAAUGACGGAAAGAGUUAGGAGAAUGAUGUUCUCAGCCAUGCUACGCAAUGAAGUGGGAUGGUUUGAUGAUGAGGAAAACAGUGCUGACAAUUUGUCCAUGCGAUUGGCCAAUGAUGCUACUUUUGUGCGAGCUGCUUUUAGCAACAGGCUUUCCAUAUUUAUACAGGACAGUGCUGCAGUUAUUGUUGGUCUUCUCAUUGGUGCUUUGCUGCACUGGCGGUUAGCACUUGUGGCUUUUGCAACCCUUCCAAUUCUCUCUGUUUCUGCCAUUGCCCAGAAAUUUUGGCUUGCGGGAUUUUCGAGGGGCAUCCAGGAAAUGCACAAAAAGGCAUCUUUGGUUCUUGAAGAUGCAGUUAGGAACAUUUACACUGUUGUUGCCUUUUGUGCUGGUAAUAAGGUAAUGGAGCUCUACAGGCUGCAAUUAAAGAAAAUAUUUAAGCAGAGCUUUCUUCAUGGGAUGGCAAUUGGUUUUGCAUUUGGCUUUUCACAGUUUCUACUUUUUGCCUGUAAUGCCCUGCUACUUUGGUACACUGCAAUAUGUAUAAAACGUGGUUACAUGGAUCCACCUACUGCACUCAAGGAGUACAUGGUUUUUUCAUUUGCAACAUUUGCACUUGUGGAGCCUUUUGGAUUGGCUCCUUACAUACUUAAACGACGAAAAUCUCUCAUAUCUGUGUUUGACAUUAUAGAUCGUGUGCCUAAAAUUGAUCCUGAUGAUACCUCAGCAUUGAAGCCACCCAAUGUAUAUGGAAGCCUCGAGUUAAAAAAUGUUGAUUUUUGUUACCCAUCUCGUCCUGAAGUGUUGGUAUUGAGCAAUUUUAGCCUCAAAGUCACUGGGGGCCAAACAGUUGCUAUUGUGGGAGUUUCUGGGUCAGGAAAGAGCACUAUAAUAUCUUUGAUCGAGAGGUUUUAUGAUCCAGUUGCAGGCCAAGUUUUCCUGGAUGGUAGGGAUUUAAAGGAAUAUAACUUGAGAUGGUUGAGGAGCCACCUUGGUCUUGUUCAGCAGGAACCUAUUAUCUUCUCAACAACCAUAAGGGAAAACAUUAUAUAUGCAAGGCAUAAUGCAACUGAAGCUGAGAUGAAAGAGGCUGCAAGAAUAGCAAAUGCUCAUCAUUUCAUUAGCAGUUUGCCUCAUGGUUAUGAUACUCAUGUUGGGAUGAGAGGUGUUGACUUAACCCCAGGACAGAAACAGAGAAUUGCAAUUGCUAGGGUAGUGCUGAAAAAUGCCCCUAUCUUGUUGUUGGAUGAAGCUAGUUCAGCAAUUGAAUCUGAGUCAAGCCGAGUAGUGCAAGAGGCUCUAGACACGCUAAUUAUGGGAAACAAGACUACUAUUUUAAUAGCACAUAGGGCUGCAAUGAUGAGGCAUGUGGACAAUAUUGUAGUGCUUAAUGGAGGACGGAUAGUGGAGGAGGGCAGUCAUGAUACAUUGGUAGCCAAGAAUGGUUUGUAUGUCCGACUGAUGCAACCUCAUUUUGGUAAGGCUUUGCGUCAACAUCGGCUUGUUUAGGAUGGGAGUAUGUGAUGUUGUGAGAGUAAUUGCUACUAAUUGUUGGCUCAUUUUCUGCUUGAGUUGAAUCACUGGUGACUUCUGCACCUGAAGGGUUUUUCCAAGAAUGUCAGGUGAAAAUUGUGGGUGGAAAUGGGAAUGAUGGGACUUGGAUCAGCACCUGGCAUUUGUAGGCAUAGGAAGAGAAUACUGUAGGACAAAUAGAUGUGUAGGAAUUUGAUUAUAGGAUUUUGGAGUUUGGUUGGUUUGCGGACUUGGGUUGAAUUCUUUUGGAAGGCAAGCAGCUUAGAUUGAGGGUGUUUUCUAUCCAUGGCAUUGAUUUGUUUCUCAAGAGAGAGUGGAAUCAACACUAAUUCUGCUGAGGUGAGGUGACUCUUUUACAGGACUUCCUUUUCACUCUCUCUAACUAUGCGUGGAUGAUGAACUUAUUCAUAACUGUAAUUUUGUUCUUUUUUCUUUUUCAAUUUGUGAUAAUUGUAGAAAGUUCAGAUCGAAGAGUUGUAACCUCUGUAAAUAUAUAGCAAUAGUUUGGAAGGCAUUCGUUUUGCUGCUUGAAUCCCAAGUGUUUUUCCCUACAUAUUGAAUGCAUAUUUUCAAGUGUAU